GAACUCACAUUUCUGCCAACCCAAAAAGAAAAAAAAAAAAAAAAAAAAAAAAAAAAGUCAUUGCAGGAAAAACUGAGAAAGACCGAGAAACUACCUUGAGAAGAGGUGAAUAAGAAACUGUCUCUACGCCCUGUGAGUCACGGAGUGAGGCACAUGUGCAAACAGCGGAUCACACACUCUGGUUUGAAAGAAAAGCAGCUCUCUGCACCGAACAGGGAGACGGAAUUUUGGUUUCCCACAGGCCGUGAAGGCGGCGUCGGAUCCUGGGCUGGACAGGAAACGACGGAGACGCGCAGCGUGUCUCCGGCAGCUCCGGGAGAGAAGAAUGGAAAAGGGAAUAGGUUUGUGGAUUGUAAGCGCGGACGAGGCAACGUGUGAAAACAUGAGGGCACUUUUUUAAAAACUAGAUUCCUGCUUUUUUUUAAAUAGAUACUUAGACAUAUCAUACCGGGAGUUUCUUCUUCUCCCCCCACCCCUCCUGAGGGCAGGGAUAUUUGCUCCCUUUGGAGAGAACACACAGCAGAGGAGAGGACCUUCUUUGUGACUCCCAUUUCACUGUUUCUGGUUUCUUCUGACCUUUAACCUCAGCAGGAAGGAGGCAAAACCACUUCAGAGAUGGAGCAGGUAUCGGACGAUGAGCUGGACCACGGAGCAGAGGAGGACAGCGACAAGGAGGACCAGGACCUGGACAAGAUGUUCGGAGCCUGGCUGGGGGAGCUGGACAAACUCACACAGAGUCUGGAUGACGGCAGGCCGCAAAAGACGCUGCAGAAGCCUCCUCUCAGGCAGGAGACGAACAUGGCCAACUUCUCCUACCGCUUCUCCAUGUACAACAUAAAUGAGGCGCUGAACCAGGGGGACACGGUGGACCUGGACGCCCUCAUGGCCGACCUGUGCUCCAUCGAGCAGGAGCUCAGCACCAUUUCCAAACCGAACUCGACCUCCCGCAGCCAGAGCAAAGGCACGCAGAGAGGGCACGGGGGGCGCAGCGCCAGCACCAAGCACACGGGCACCGGUGGAGGGGGGAGCAGCGGAGGAAGUACAAGCAGCAGCACCCGGGCGUCGCCGGCCAACACCGUGCGCGGAGGCAGCGCGGGCACCCGCCCCGCCGCCGCCUCCAACAUCUCCCUGGACGACAUCACGUCCCAGCUGGAGAAGGCCUCGCUCAGCAUGGACGAGGCGGCGCGCCAGACGUCCUCCUCGUCCUCCUCCUCCUCCUCGUCCUUCUCCUCCUCCACCCUGCGGCGGCCGUCGUCCGGCUCGUCCGGCGGCGGGGCGGCCCAGCAGCACCGGAGGGCCGGCUCGGUGGGCGCCGUCAGCGAGCAGGAGGCCGCGUCGCAGCGGUCCAGCGUGAACUCGGCGUGCGCCUCGGCGUCCAGCAUGGACUCCCUGGACGCGGACAAAGUGCUGAUGGGCGGAGAGGCGGAGGGCAGCCCGAGCACGCAAGGACAAAGCCAGACCAGCACGGAGCAUGUCACACUGCGACGGGCCAACGGUAACCCGGCCAGGCGGCAGCUUGACUUCACCUCACGGGAGAGUGAGAUGGAUCGGGCAACUCACUCCUAUCUGGACCGAGAAACCUCGCUCAUUCUGAAAAGCAUAGCUGGAAAGCCUUCUCACCUCCUGACCAAGGAGGAGCAAGCUGCCAAACUGAAGGCAGAGAAGAUCAGAGUCGCCCUGGAGAAAAUCAAGGAGGCGCAGGUCAAAAAGCUGGUGAUCAGGGUCCACAUGUCGGACGAGAGCUCCAAGACCAUGAUGGUGGACGAGCGGCAGACGGUCAGGCAGGUGCUGGACAGCCUGCUGGACAAGUCUCACUGCGGCUACAGCCCCGACUGGUCUCUGGUGGAAACCAUCACCGAGCUACAGAUGGAGCGCAUUUUCGAGGAUCACGAGAACCUGGUGGAGAAUCUGUUAAACUGGACCCGGGACAGCCACAACAAGCUCAUGUUCAUUGAGCGCAUCGAGAAGUACGCCCUGUUCAAGAACCCGCAGAACUAUUUGUUGGGGCGGAAGGAGACGUCAGAAAUGGCCGACAGGAAUAAAGAGGCUUUGUUGGAGGAGUGUUUCUGCGGUGGCUCGGUGUCCGUGCCAGAGAUCGAGGGUGUCCUGUGGCUCAAAGAGGACGGGAAGAAGUCAUGGAAGAAGCGCUACUUCCUCCUCAGGGCUUCGGGGAUCUACUACGUCCCCAAAGGCAAAGCCAAGGCGUCCAGAGAUCUCGUGUGCUUCCUGCAGUUGGACCACGUUAACGUGUAUUACGGCCAGGACUACCGCAGCAAAUACAAGGCUCCCACUGACUACUGCCUGGCGCUGAAGCAUCCACAAAUCCAGAAGAAGUCGCAGUACAUCAAGUAUCUGUGCUGCGACGACGUCCGCACCCUGCACCAGUGGGUGAAUGGAAUUCGUAUCGCCAAGUAUGGGAAGCAGCUGUACGUGAACUACCAGGAAGCCAUGAAGAGGACGGAGGCGGCCUACGAUUGGUCCUCUCUGUCCACCUCCAGCAUCCGGUCCGGCUCCAGCUCGGCCAGCAUACCAGAGUCCCAGUCUAAUCAUUCAGGCCAUUCAGACAGCGGGGUGGACACGGGCUCCUCUCAUGGUCGGUCCCAGAGCGUGGUGAGCUCCAUUUUCUCUGAAGCCUGGAAGAGGGGCACCCAGAUUGAGGAAAGCUCAAAGAUGAGGAUGGAGGCGUCCAGAUCUGCCACUCUGCCACACGGUUCCCACGUCCACCGGCAUCACAGCCAACAUUCGGUGGACCACCAAGCCCUGACGCCCCCACCGGUUCAGCCUCCGGUGCAGCCUCCGGUGCAGCCUCAACCUCACCAACAGCACCCGCCGCAGCCCCAGACGCCAACCCAGCCACAACACCAGCACCUGCCUCCCCAGCCCCAGUCUCCUCAGAAGGCCCUUCAGCCACCACAACCACCACCACAGGCUCCUCCACCAGGGCCUCAACAGCAGCAGCAGCAGCCGCCGCCCCCCACCAUCAGCGGCUACGAACACGUGCCGCCGCCCCGCGCCAUCAGCGGCUACGACCACGCGCCGCCACCCCACGCCAUCAGCGGCUAUGACCACGUGCCGCCGCCACACACCAUCAGCGGCUACGACCACGUGCCGCCGCAACAGCCAGAUUUUGCGCCUCCUCCUCCUCCUCCGCCGCCACCUCCGCCGCCUCCCCCGCCCCCCGUUCAGAUGGUGUCGCACCACUCUCCGGCUCCGACCAUGUACAAGUACAGCACGAUCACCAGGCUCCAGAACCAGAUGGCCUCCCAAGCUGCCAACCACCACAAGCUGCCCCAUCACCUCCACGCAAUGGCUCACCAAGUCCUGCCCCCUCCCCCGACUCCGCCCGCACAGGUCAACAAACCCAACGUGAACCACAUAGCCGCAAGGACUACUGUCCCGCCUCCACCUCCCCCACCCCCUCCGCCGUCCAUGCCAACCCCUGGGUCAGCCAUGGCCGUAUUGCGGCGGGGUCCUCCCAGCCCAGCGACCCCACCUGCCUUCAUCCCUCCACCCCCAGUUCCUCCACCUGCUCCACACGCCAAUGGAUUAGCAUUUCCUCCCCCUCCCUCUCCUCCUCCACCACCUCCCGCUUCGCCUCCAGUGAGUCAGCCCAUUUACCCCAACGGGCUGAAGCAGGCACUGAAGGAGCGCUUUCCCAGCCCACCCCGGGACCUCCUGUCUCCAAACGGCAGCCUUGAGGAGUCUCCGCCGCCUGCCCCUGCUCCACCACCUCCUCCCCCUCCGCCACCGCCCCCGCCACCACCUCCUCCCCCUCCGCAGCAGUUCCCAGUGCCACCCCAGUUUCCACCGGCUCCUGCACCUCCACCGGCGCCACCCAAAACCUUCACCCCUGGCUUCGUCCCUCACACCGCCCCUAAGCCUAUGUCGCCAGUCUCCCCAUUUCCUCCCGCCCCACCUCCCGCUGCCAUGGGUGGCCCAACCCCUACUCCGCCGCCACCACCGCCCCCUCCUCCACCGGCUCCCCUCAAGAAGCAGUUCAGCCUCCAGGCGGGCCACUCCUCCGGGCACCCUCCUCCGACUCUGCCGAAGCAGCACAGCCUCUCUAAGCCAGCGACCGUUCCCACAGGUGCUCCUCCGACCAUGUCUCUCGUCAAACAGCUGGCAAGUCAGUUUCCAGGAGCUUCAUCUCAAACACUAAACCACACAGAGAGCCCCAAAGCCCCUCUGUCCCCACCUGCCGUCAAGACCAAACCCAAAUGGCAGCCUGGAGGCGGCCAGCAGCUACAGUCUCCAGAGUUCCCACCUCCUCCUCCAGACAACAACGCUAGCUUCCCUGCACCUCCUCCUCCUCCACCACCUCCUCCAGCACCCGUUACAGGCCCAACACCUCCUCCUCCUCCGCUCCCCCCUGGAAACCUCGGCUCCCCCACAAGGAGGUCACCCUCUGGCUCGUUCAGUGUGGGAGGCAAGAAGCCUCCUCCCACCCCCCAGAGGAACUCCAGCAUCAAGUCCAACUCUUCAGCGUCGUACGAAGAGUCCAGAAGAAAUUUGCUCAGCAAGUUUGCCCCCCAGGGCAACACCUCUUCUCCCCCUCCGUGUCCCACCUCCUCUUCCACCGGAUCCCCUUCCAAGGACUCCUCAGCCGGACCCCGUGCUCCCCCAAAACCAGGCAAGCUCAACCUGGCUAACCUGCCGUUGGCGCUGCAGUCAAAAGUGAGUCAGGCGAAGCAGUCCGGUGGCGACUUUCCUUCCCCACCACCUGACUGCGCCUACUUCCCACCUCCUCCCCCUGCGUCCGAGCUCUUCCCCCCUCCGCCGCCCCCAGGAAAUGACACGCACAGCGGUGGACCUCCCAGAGUGGCUGUGGUCAACCCUCAGCCCCAAGCUCCCCCGCCGCCGCCACCCAUAUCCCUCGUCAGCAACUCCACGUGGGGCAAGAGCUCACUGAAAAAGACUCCGCCGCCCACGCUCGUGCGUCGCAGUAACACCACCCCCGAACCUCCUCCGCUGUCCCCGCCUCCACCCACCUCCCCAAAGGGCGGCUCGGGACAGCCCAAUUUCCUGGAGGACCUCAACCGGACACUGAAGCGAAAGUCCGUGGGUCGCCAGGGUUCCGUCAGCUCUGCCGGCCUCUCGGGGAAGCUGGACCCCGUGGGGACUAUGGACGACAUGGCGCUGCCCCCGCCGCCCCCCGAGCUGCUACUGGACCAAGGAAAGCAGAGCAACGGAGGGAACGGCGGCUACAUGUCCGGAAACAUCUCAGGCUAUGCAACGCUACGACGAGGUCCCCCGCCCGCGCCACCCAAACGGGGGGACACCACCAAGCUCACGGGAGAGUGUUGAACUUAAACGAUUAAAAAAUGGACAAAUUCAACCCUAAGAUGCUCCUGUCCUCAUUGGAUCGCAGUGACGAACACAUGACUGUGUAUAUACUGAAAGCCAAACCAGACCAUGGACUACGAGUGUUUGCUAAUGAUUUUUACCACGCUAGGCAUCCUGGAUCAGUUGGGGUUUUAAGUUACAAAAAAAAAAAUAUUACUUCUUUGUGAUUGUCUAAACUAUUGGCCUCCGUGGUAAGCCCCUCCUGUCUGGUACACCGAGCACAGUUAAGCGAACACUAUAACCAUGCAAAUAUUACUGGAUCCAGGUCUGAGCCAAAUCAUCUAUCCGCUUCUUUGCCAUAAGUUUGUGCCACGUACUGGAGACAACAACAAAAAAAAAAACAAAACAAAGAGAGAGAGGAAACCCGUUGAGGGGGAGAUCUUUCUGCUUUUUGGUACUGCAUGGACCACGUGUAACAACAAGCUGUAAAUCAUGGAGCUGCUCCGGUGUGUGCGCAUGUGUGAGAGAACGAGAGAAGCAGAGACUGACUUUGCAUGCAUGCAUCGUGUGCGUGCAUGGAUGUAUGAUUUAAUGGUGAGUAGUUAACCAUUAGGGAAGGCCUUCUCGUUACAGGGACUGUUAGGUUUGCUUUUAUAUAAAAUUAUUUAAUGACCGAUAAAUGGAAGGAUUUUUUUAUAAGUGUCUUUUAAUAGCUGGUCAACAAAGCAAAAGGAGCGGGGGCGACGGUCGCGGGCUCGGAGGAAUGUAUGUGGAAGGCGUUUUUUUUUUAAAACGAAACACUAGAUUGCAGUAACGCAGAUGCGCUCAGACCCGUCGUCCCACGCAUUUCUAGUCUGCUUCAGCGCUCGUUAAAAAUGCAAAUCAGAAGGAAGCCUUAUUCCCAAAGUCUUGCACAGAGGUUAAAACAGAAAGGAGAUAUCUUCCUCGAGGCUCAGCAGAGUCUGGACUGUGCAACUGGGGGGGACAAAAAAAUCUGCUUUUAUUUAAUGCAAAACUCGUAUUGGACUUCUGUAAAUGGAGAGGAGGCUUGUGGUGACGUAUCUUCGUGGACUGUGUGAGUUCCCUGUGUGUUGGCUUGAUUUCGGACCUUAUCCUUCAGUUUGUAUCUGUACAGUCGCAGCUGCCGCUCCGUCGCCGCCUCCUUUAGUCGCACGGCAUCCCCGUCCAGGACGUACAGGCCGGAUUGAACCGAGCGAAAGCCUGGUCAAUGUACAGAGCGCCAGCUGAUAACAGAAACCGUCGGACUUGCAUUUAGACUGAAUGUCAACAUUGUGUCUGUUGAGUCUUCAUGGUGCCAUUGCAGCUCCGGACAAAGGUCGCUUCUUUUUGUAUCUAGAUAGCCGAUCAUGAAGGGUUUUCAUUUCUGGCAGCAACGCCUUGAUCUUUAGGGUGCUAACGUGUCCCCCUGAGGAAGUCAACACAGUGCCCUCGCGUUGCCAGGGUUGCAUAUCAUAAACGUUUCAGAUCCUUAAGACUGAAUUAUUGUGGAAAUGCCGUGGUGGAAGCUUUUACAGACUUUUCAGAGGCGAGGCGAAGAUACGAUGGUGCAUUCCACACAGAGAGCCCGUAUAACAUGCUAUUCGUACCUUUUCUUAUAAUAUCAUCGUCCAUCGUAAUCAGGAAGUUUGCUCCAGUACGGUAUGUAAGUUAUUGAUGUGCUGAUGUGUGAACAUGUGGGGCCAAAUGGAAUGAAGAAAAGUGGUUACAGGUGGAGGAACUCUGUCCUCUUGCAUAUAAACUGAAAAAUCACAAUAUAAAUGUUGAAACCAGA